UGGGAACGGGGGCAGGGGUGUUUCCUAGAGCUCAAAUGUUUGUGUUUGUAUACAAAAUUAGUUUUGGGACUUUUAUAGAAUUCUUUAAACAAUUGUAUUUCUAUACAAAGCAAAAUUCUAGGUUUAAGUACAUGUCUAAAGUGAAUUUGUAUUUGUACAUACAAUCUCUAAUUUAUAUAUUUAGCUACUAAAUUAUAACUAUUUUAUAAUUAGACAAAUUUUAGCUAUUUCUGAAAUUUUUGUCUUUAAAAAUUCAAGUCCACCUAGAUGUUAUUUCACCUAAUUAUUGGGCGUAAUUACUAUAUUUGAGUGGUAGGGCCACCAAUAUCCGAGUUCAUCCCGAAAGGCCCAGAUUGUUCUGGAUCAAUAGAAAUCAAAGUUAAGGUUGGUGAUUUUGCCUUUUCCAUCAAGAAAUCGGAAAAUCAAGAACAAAAACUCUCUCUCAUAUAUAUACCUAAAACCUUGGACCAACCAUUUGUUCUCUAUAAUAUCUGAAAUCAAAGAGCACAAAUAGAAAAAGAGAAUUUGUUUGGCAACUGUUUGUAGAGCAAGGAAGUAAAAUGGAUUUUGAGUUGAGAAGAGCGAGAGAGAAGCUAGAGAAAGAACAAAGAGACAGGAUACAGAAGGCGAAAUUGAAAUUGGAAAGAGAGAAGAAAGCAAAACAAGAAGCUAUCCGUCAACGCGAAGCAAUUGAAGCUGUUCAACGAGCUCGUCGUCUUGAUGCUGCUCAAGCACAAGCUAAGGCAACCCAGCAAAUUGAAGAAGAACUGCUAGCUGGACGAGGAGUUGCAUUUUCUCGUGUUUUGGAAGCUGUACCUUAUGAGGGUGCCGGAGAUAAAAUUAAAUUGCCACCAUCUUGCUUCACUGAAUUGUCUGAUCAGGGUGCCUUUGACAAGGGACCUUUACACUUCAGGGUGUCUGUAGUUCACCAAUCUUCUCCUUCGGACUUGAAGGAUGCAGAACAGAAUAAUUGCACAACACAUGCUGGGGUCCUGGAGUUCACUGCAGAUGACGGUGUUGUAGGGCUUCCUUCCCAUAUAUGUAGUAACUUGUUUCCUGCAGAGUUUCCAAUGGUUCCCAUGGUUGAGGUGUGUUAUGUCUGGCUCCCAAAAGGAACUUAUGCAAAACUUCAGCCAGUUGAAGCAGGAUUUUCUGACAUCCCUAAUCAUAAGGCAGUUCUUGAAACAAGCCUUCGUCAGCAUGCGACACUUUCAAAAGGCGAUGUACUUACUGUUAAUCAUGGUGUUCUGACAUACCAUUUACGUGUUCUUGAACUGAAACCUUCUUCGAGUGUGUCUGUUCUAGAAACAGAUAUAGAGGUUGAUGUAAUUGGUGCUGAUCCCACUGCUGAGAGCACAAGUCAGCCUGUAUUGCACCCUCUUGUAUUGGGCAAGUUAGAUUCUGGGGUGGUUGCAGAAGGAAGCUAUGUAUAUUACAAGUUCCAAAUAGAUGAUCAUAAUUGGGGAAGGUUAUCUUUAGGGGAUGCUGAAAUUGAGGUAAAAAUAGAAUCAGAAAACCAAAAUGGGGAUACUGACCUCUACAUUUCCAGACACCCAUUGUUAUUCCCUACACAGCAUCAGCACAGUUGGUCAUCUCAUGACAUUGGUUCAAAAGCUUUGGUUCUUAGCUCUAGGGAUCUCGGCCUUGGACCUGGUACUUACAGUAUUGGCAUCUAUGGCUUCAAGGGCACAACCAAGUACAAGGUGUCAGUAAACAUCCAAGAGAAAUCUAAGUCCAGGAUUGGACUAGAAGCUUUCUCUGUCUCUUCCACAUUGUCUGCCAAUGCAGAUACUGUAGAAUGCGAAAACUGUAAGCAUUACAUUCCUUCCAGGAGUAUAGCACUACAUGAAGCUUACUGCAGGAGGCACAAUAUCAUCUGUCAGCAUACUGGUUGUGGGGUUGUUCUAAGGAGGGAUGAGGUCAAGAACCAUGUCCAUUGCGAAGAAUGUGGGCUAGCAUUUCAGAAAGAGGAAAUUGAGAAGCACAAGAAAGUAUUUCAUGUCCCACUGACUUGCCCUUGUGGAAUAGUCCUUGAAAAAGAAAAGAUGGUUCAACAUCAAUCCUUAGAGUGUCCCUUGCGACUUGUAACAUGCCGGUUUUGUGGAGACAUGGUCCAAGCAGGGAGUUCUGCAGCUGAUGUGAGGGAUCGCUUAAGAGGACUUACACAGCAUGAGAGUGUUUGUGGAUCAAGAACCGCUCCUUGUGAUUCAUGUGGGCGUUCAGUUAUGUUGAAGGAUAUGGACAUACACCAAGUUGCAGUCCACCAGAAAAAUUGAUCAUGAAUGAGUCUUUUAUUUCUCCCGGGUGACUUUGGACUCAAAAUGCUGCUUGAAGAGUAAAGCUCUGGCUGUUGAUUUAUGUAUUCAGGCAGUUGUAUAUGUUGUAUUUAUUUGUGAUUCUCAGCCACUUUUAAGGGGUUUGCAACGCAAAGGGAUUGGGGUUGGGGGUGACUUGUGUAACAACUUUGCAGUGACUUCACAUAUAUUAUCAAUUUAUCAUUAAGACCUUAAGGGGUCGUUUGGUUGGGAAAUAGUUAUCCCGGGUUAUCCCACCAUGCAUAUGGUAUAACUUAUCCCAUCGCUAUGGUGUAAAUGGUGGGAUAAAGUUAUCCCGGUAUUAACUAAUACCUCCAACCAAACAUGGGAUAAAAUAAUCCUUUAUUUUAUUCCGGGACUAUUUAUCCUUUAUACCUCACACCAAACGACUCCUAAGGAUUUUCUGCACCGUUAUCCAUGCCA